UUUGUAUCUUUUGUGCGAUUCAGUGCCCUUGUAUUUGUUCCUCAGGGUGCAAACAGCUUUAUUCACCUUUUACCUGCUGUCACUCUGAGCCACUCUGCAAUGUCAUGGGUGAAUGCCCAAGUGGGCAACAGUGGUGCCAUUUGAAGGAUCGUUGCCUGAACAUCUCCAGCCCUUGCAGCUCAUAUGCCUUUGAGAACGCAAACUGCUAUAUCCAGCCUUUCCCAUACCCUCCACGGUACAAAGGGGCUUCGCCAUUCUAUUCCAUGGUGGCUGAUCUUCCUUUAUUGCUCGCCCCCAACAAUGAAAACACCCACAUUCACGUUCUCCUGCCAGAAGAAGAGAUCUUUGUCCAUCCGGGUGACAUCAUAGGGAUACAGCACAGCGCUGGUAGGGGCUUGUUCCUGCAGUGCCAUCCCCACACGGAUUCCCCUUGGCGACAGAGUUACAUCAGCCUCAUGAAGGAGAGCUGGUGGGAAGGAGGUAUCCCUGGGCCGCCCAACCCCACCUGGGUGGACAGCAUGCUUUGUGAACUACGAGUGACCUUUGCGCAAGAGAUGAAGAGCUUGGCAAACCCUCCAGUGUUGGCCCAAAGGCCUGAGUCUGGCACCUACACCUACACCGCCACGGUGAGAAAUGCUGUCAGCAGCUUACAGGCCAGCUGCUCAGUGCAAGUACAGUCAAAAGUCAGCGAUCUGCAGCUUAUCUACCCCACACCACUCAGCGGGAAGCUCAACAUACCCACAAAGCAGGAGAUUUUCCUGGUCGUCAAGAUCACCUCCGGCUGCAAGGCUGUGGCUAACUGGAUGUCCCCGGUGGACAUGGCUGGGGUGCCGUUUGUGGCCGCCUGCCCAGCAGGGAUUGUGCUGCAUGUCUCCUCUGCUACAGAGAGACCACUGACACCUGGUUCUCCUCAGUGA